AUAAAGAUGGUUAUACAAUAAUAUUACGUCUAUCUAUUUCUCUCGAAAUGUCUGCCAUCAUCACGUGACAUUAUCACGUGAUACAUGUUUUGAUGUAAAAUGGUGCUUUUAACUGACACUAUAAGGUUAAAAUUAUAAAAGUGUACGAUUUUAAUACGUAAAACAUAUUUAAAAUUGUAUGCAGGAUGCCUGUUGAUAUUAAUCGAUUAACAGAAGGUUGGCUAGAACUUGAAAGUGAUCCAGGAUUGUUUACACUUCUGUUAGAAGACUUUGGUGUUAAAGGUGUACAAGUUGAAGAGAUAUAUGACUUACAAAAAUCUUUGGAGGGACCUGUUUAUGGCUUUAUAUUCUUAUUUCGUUGGAUAGAAGAAAGACGUUCAAGACGUAAAGUUGUAGAACAGACCGAAAGUUUUGUGAAAGAUGAAGACAUUGUGAAUAACAUAUUUUUUGCACAACAGGUUGUCCCUAAUAGUUGUGCAACACAUGCAUUACUAUCCGUUUUAUUGAAUUGUCCAAAUAUUCAUUUGGGCACAACUUUAUCGCGUUUAAAAUUGCAUACGUCUGGUAUGUGCCCAGAAAAUAAAGGAUGGGCAAUAGGUAAUACACCAGAAUUAGCUUGUGCUCACAAUUCGCAUGCAAUGCCGCAAGCUAAAAGACGCCAAGAUAAAAAUACUGGAGUUUCAACUGGUAGAUUUACUGGUGAAGCAUUUCAUUUUGUAAGUUAUGUACCAAUAAAUGGUAGACUCUUUGAAUUGGAUGGUUUAAAACCUUAUCCUAUGGAUCAUGGACCAUGGAAAGAACACGAAGAAUGGACAGAACAAUUUAGAAGAGUUAUAACAGAUCGUUUAGGUAUGGCAACAGGAGAACAAUUACAGGAUAUAAGAUUUAAUUUAAUGGCUGUUGUUCCUGACCGUCGUUUAGCCAUUUCACAUAAAUUAACCAUGUUGAAAACCAAUAGACAAAUAGUUUUGGAAGCAUUACAGCAACUUGUAAAGUUAAGCCAUCAAGAUAAUGGAACAGAGAAAACAACAAAUGAUGCUGAGAAAAUAGAAAAAUCAUAUGAUAGAAAAAAUAAGGUAGACGAAGAAAAUUUAUUACCCAAUAAAACAGAAAGAGAUGAAUCUUCUACUCCAUCUAUUGAAAGGAAUAAUGAUACUACAGUUGAUAUUGAAGAAUCAAGUUCAAAUAUCGGUACUACUAAAAUUGAGUCGAGCGUGGAGAAGGUAGUGAUGUGUGCUUUAGAUUAUGCUACUCCACUUCGAAUCCAAACUUCACCAGCCCACAGUUCAUCAAGUACUGAUACAUCUUCUGAAAUUGGAUCUGCAUUUAAUUCACCAACUCAAGCUUGGGGCUGGAAUUCAGGUCAGAGCAGUCCAACAUCAACAAAAGAUUUUAAAAAAUUCGUCGUUAUCAGAGUGGCUGGGGAUGAAAAGAACGAAGCAGGUCGUUCACUUGGUAACAUUAACAUAAACGGAAAGAGACUGGUUUCAGACAGUGGACAUUUACAUAAAAAAGUCUGUUUAUCAGGAGAAGUAAGAAUACCACAUGCUCGUGUAAAAACCAGCAAUGGCGAUACGGUGACGGAAGAAAAGAAAGUUGAAAAAAUUGAUCCAAAAUUAUGUUCGAAAUAUCCGGAACUUUUUGAACCGCAUACAUUUGCUCCUAAGGAUCUCUUAGCAUUAUUGAAAAAUUUAGAACAUGAGAUAAAUACUUGUGAGACUAGUUUGAAAGAUGAAAAUGAUAAAAGAAAUAAAUAUAAAAUUGAUGAUUGCCGAAGGACGCAUAAUUAUGAUGAAUUUAUUUGUACUUUUCUUUCAAUGUUAGCGCAGCAAGGUAAAUUAGCUGAAUUGGUUCAGCAACAUCUUACAUUAAAGAAACAUACAUCCGUAUCAGUGAGUAGAGUUCACAGGUCUUCAAAGAAAGCUGAUACUCGUACUAAUUCCUCGCGUCGACGUCGUGGUAGAACUAAAUGUAAAAAACGAAAGUAAUCGAUAUCGAGGUGAUAAAAUAUUAUUAAGGACAUGAGAUUUAUUAAGUACAAUGUUCGCUGUUUAUUCUGAGUAUAUACUUUUUUUUUUUUUUUUUUUUUUUUUUUUUCAUGUACUUCUUAAAA